AUGUCAGAUAAAUUAGAAUAUAAUAAUUAAUUGGUACAAUAUGGGUUUUCAGGCAAGCAACUUCCAGUUUCAAUAAAAGCAAGAUAACUCUCAAAUUAUCCAUUAAUUAUGGCAUCACUAUUAGUAAUCACAAAUUAAGUUAUAAGAGUAAAAAAAAUUUCCAAGAAAAAAGAUACAGUUAGACUACUCACCUUUAAAUAGAAAGACAUCCUCUCAUUCAUUUAAGACAUCAUUGAGUAUAAAAAGGAUCUCUACUCCUAAGAGAAAAAACCAAAUUCAUGAAGAGGCUUUAUUUAUAACCUUGAAACCUUUAACAAGAAAUCAAUAAAAUAAUUUUAGAGCAUAGACUGCUCAUUAAUUAAGAACAGAGUAAGAAAGUAUUAAUAAAGACACAGGAAAAUUAUGGUCUUGUCAAUCAAAAAGAGCUUCUCAUUUUUUUCGUUCAAGAAACAGAUCUGCUAACUAUAAUUAAAAUUAACAAUAAUUCAAAAUAACAAGAAAUGGUAAAGUCGAUUUUUUAUGA